CACUGGGAGGAAACUUCACCAUCCUGACGAUGGAGUCUCGCUGCUUCCUGUUGGUCGUCCUCUGUUUGACCGUUGGACUGAUGAUGACGGUGGAGGCCCAUCACCACGAUGACGAUGAUGACCACGACCACGACCACGGCCAUGGUCAUGACCACAACAGCAGCAGCACCGACCAAGGUUACACAGGUUAUUCUACUCACGGCUGCCCCUGUGGUUGGACUCGGUUUUCCUCCCGCUGUUUCGGUUACAUGUCCACACCGAUGACCUGGGUCGAAGCAGAGAAAAAGUGCAUGUAUGAAGGUGGGAAUCUGGCGUCGAUCCACAGCCAAGAGGAGAAUGACUUCCUGGUUGUCCUGAUCAAAGGUCAGACCUGUGGGAACAUGAACAGGACGUGGAUUGGAGGAGACGACGCCGUCCAGGAGGAGUUCUGGCAGUGGACCGACGGAUCCAAGUUUCACUACACCAACUGGGCCCCUGGAGAACCAGACCACCAAGGCCCGGAACACUGCAUCAACAUGAAAGUGGACAUGUGGGACGACCUGGACUGUUCCAGGAAGUUACCGUUUCUGUGCUCCGUGAGGACAAGCUAUUAAAACCACAGCGUCUGCACCGGUGACGGCCGUGACGGCGUUUCUGUCCACGACACCCAGAUCUACAAUCAAACACUCGAAUCAGUAAAAAGCAAGAGCGCUCUUUAUUAUCAGAAUUGAUUUUUCUACUUUCCUUUGACAUACAAAACAUCUUUGUCUUCAUAA